AUGGCUGGCCCAUCUGCCUCCCCUAUCUGGGUCUCUCAACUCGAGAGCCCUCCUACUGCCAAGUCCAAGCAAUCUGGUGUUCAGGAUCCUCCUGGCUUCAGCUCCGGAGCAACCAAGAGCAAGGAUGCUGUCAAGGUUCAGCCCCGCAAGCCCCCGACUACCGCCGAGAUGGAAACCUUGAAGCUCAAGAAGGCCUGGGAAGUCGCGUUGGCUCCUGUUAAAGGUCUUCCCAUGACCGCCAUCAUGAUGUACAUGUCGGGCAACUCUCUCCAGAUCUUCAGUAUCAUGAUGGUCUUUAUGGCAUUCAAGAACCCCUUGAUGGGCUUGAUGAACACGAACCAGGCCUUCGAACGCUUCCAGUCAGAGUCUCUUUCUUCCCAGUUGUUGCAGGUCAAGUUUGUGUAUGUGGUAUGCCAGCUGGUUGCGCUUGGUGUCGGAAUCUGGAAGAUCAAUGCCAUGGGUCUAUUACCAACAACACGAUCCGACUGGCUGAUGUGGGAGGCGCAAAGAGAGCCUCUUGAGUUCGCUGUGGCAGCUUUAUAA